AUGGCUGACCGCGCUCCUCCCCUCCGUCUUGGCUCUAUUGCCCCCAACUUCAAGGCCCAGACCACCAACGCGGGCGAUAUCGACUUCCACGAGUGGAUUGGUGACAAGUGGGCUAUUCUCUUCUCACACCCUGCGGAUUUUACACCAGUCUGUACCACUGAGCUCGGCGCCUUCGCCAAGCUCAAGCCCGAGUUCGACAAGCGUGGUGUCCAGUUGAUCGGAUUGAGUGCCAACGGACUUGAAUCCCACGAAGAGUGGAUCAAGGAUAUCAACGAAGUCAACCAGACUAAACUCGACUUCCCAAUUAUCGCCGAUGCCGACCGCAAAAUCGCUUAUCUCUAUGAUAUGAUAGAUUUCCAGGAUCUCGAAAACGUGGACAGCAAGGGCAUCGCCUUCACCAUCCGCUCCGUCUUUAUCAUCGACCCUGCCAAGAAGAUCCGCCUGAUCAUGUCCUACCCCGCCUCCACUGGCCGUAACACAGCAGAGGUUCUCCGGGUUGUCGACUCUCUCCAGACGGGUGAUAAGAGAGGUGUAACCACCCCAAUCAACUGGCUGGCGGGUGACGACGUUAUUGUGCCACCAACAGUUAGCAACGAGGCUGCUAAGGAGAAGUUCGGCGAGUUCCGUGAAGUGAAGCCUUACCUUCGCUUCACCACUCUUAAGGAGUAA